AUGUCGGAUUACUCUGAUCGUUCAGACCUUUCAGACGAUGACACCAAACAACAGCAAGCUGAAAGUAGUGCUUCAGCAAGCGCUUCUGCUCCAAGAAUCAAACUGAAACUACGUCUCAAUGCGACAGCAUCUUCAGCGUCCACCGUUAAUGUUCCACCACCUCCAGCUGAUUCCGACGACGAUAGCAGCCAUCGCAAAAAGAAGAAGCACAAGAGCAAGGAUAAGAAGAAGCGUUCUCACAAGAAGCGUAAAAAGAGAAGCCAAGGCACGGAUGAUGAUGAUAACAGCAGCCUUACGCACCAUUAUGAUAUGGAUAGCGAUGUAUACAACCACCGAUCAAACACCAGCGACCUUGAAACAAUGGAUGAUCAACAACAACAACAACACGCCUAUUAUGGUGGCAAACGACCUUUUUCAAUGAUCCAAGAAGAGGAAGAGAACGACAACAACAACAACAAUGACAAUGAUCACGAUGAUUAUCAUGGUGGCAACAUGGAAGAGGAUAUGUAUCCACAGCAACACACGAGCACAGUACAUCCAACCGAUUAUCAUAUGGCAACCGAAACGCAUGAUGAGCAUGGAUACGUAAAGACUGAAUCAAUGGAUCACGUGAUACAUCCUACCAGCACAUCCAAUGGACGACACAAAAAGAGCAGGACGCUAUCAAACGCAUCAUCAACAACCAAAGCUGCGCCAAAGAAACGAGGACGACCAGCAAAGAAUAAGACACAACCCAAGCCUGAACCACGUAUUGUUGAUCAGCCCAAGAAAGAUUUGAAGACUGUAUGCAGCAAGCUUCUUGAUUCAUUUAUAAAGAAAGAUUCAUAUGGCAUCUUCCAUUAUCCUGUGGAUACCACACUUGUUCAGGACUAUUUGGAUAUCAUCAAGAACCCAAUGGAUUUUUCUACCAUGAGCCAAAAGCUUGAGAAUGGCAGCUAUGAAGAUUUGGAAAGCUUUAAGCAAGAUGUGCUGCUUAUCACUAGAAACUCUCGCACCUACAAUGCACCACACACAAUCUACGCCAAGCAAGCCGACCGAAUUGAAGAUUAUGCCAUCAAAGCGAUCGACAAAGCCGCAAAGACAAUCGUUUAUGGCUCACCCCAGCAACAAGACAACACAACACCUUAUACAGAGCAACAUGGUUGGUCACCACGACGAUUAUCCAGCGUAUCAGUAUCACGCAAGGACUCGAAUGUAAAGAUGGAAGAAGAAGUGGAUAUCCUUGGACUCGAUAAUACCAGCAGCUAUUCAGCAGCAGCACCUUCACGGAAAGCAAGUCGACCUAUGCUUGACGAUGUGGGCAGUUCAAGAGCAGUGACGCCAACCAAGAGCAGCAGCACAACCAAAAAGAAAAAGAAAAAGGUGACGGAUGCCGGGGUUGUUUAUAGCCCUGAUGGAUCUUUGGUGUCGAUUGGUGGAGCGGACGUCUCGAUGCUUAUCCCACAAGAGCGCCACUUUGCAUAUUUACCUGAGAUUACGACCACAAACUUACAAGCUUUACCCUCCGCUUUCUUCACCAAUCGUAACACAUAUGACGAAUGGUCGAGCAACAAGCAUUUCAUCCAUCCUGCCAACUUUUGUGACUAUGGUGCAUUCACAGCGCUAGGCCAAGAGACACCAGGUGCAUUCUAUACAGCACAAGAUGCUUGUUACAUUUAUCCAUUGUAUGGCGAUGAUCGAGGCGAGGCAUACAUUCGUAGCUUAUGGGACUUUGUGGAUGAUCUGGAUUUGAAGGACGUGGUGGAUCAAAAAACACGACAAUUGACUCGAGGCGCUUGGGAUGUUUUGAAACAAGCCUUGAAGGGUCCAGAAAAUGGGUCUGAUGUUGAUACCGAGUUUGGCACAAUUCACGCCGCUGACUACAAACAAGCUUACGACAAUGUGAUGGAAGAUAGUAAAGCUGCACCUUCAUCUUCUUCUACUACUACUACGACUACCCCUACUCCUGCUCCUGCUGCUGCUUCAUCCUCACAAUAA